AUGAGCGUUCUUGAAAGGCAGAGAAUAGUGUUGGAACGUCUUUAUAACCAUUCCAAGCAGCAACUUUCUUCUCUGCCUCAGCAAGAUCUUGCUCACUUUAACAAUUUGAUACCCGGACAUAUGAUGAGCGGCGGUUGCGUUGAGGAGAAUUUUACCAAUUUCGAUGUGUUUGGUGGGAGAGAACAUAAGGGAUUUGCUGGCUCUAAUUUUGUUACCAAUAAUAAUUGUCAAGAAAUGGCUCAUCCUUCUUUCUCUACAGUCUCGAAUUCAUCGAUUACAACUGUGUCUCCGCCUCCAGAGAAAGAAAAUUAUCCAAGUACCGUUGUAACUCCCAGAGAAAAUGUUGUGUCAACCAAGAAGAGAAAAGCAGAGUUUUACGUGGAAGAGGAUUGGAACGAUUCCAAGGAGAAUUCUAAGACAUCAGAGGUUCAGAAACCUGAUUACAUUCAUGUCAGAGCACGUCGUGGCCAGGCCACUGAUAGCCACAGCUUAGCAGAAAGAGCUAGAAGGGAGAAAAUCAGUAAGAAGAUGAAGUAUUUACAAGAUUUAGUUCCAGGUUGCAACAAAGUGACUGGCAAAGCUGGAAUGCUCGAUGAAAUCAUAAAUUAUGUUCAAUCUCUUCAGAAACAAGUCGAAUUCCUUUCAAUGAAACUUGCUACUCUGAAUCCUAGGCUUGAUUUGAUCACGGAUAAUUUUUUCACCAAAAACUUCCCCUCUUACAUUUCCACUACUUCUCCACCAACAGUAGCGCUGCCAACACUUUCAGAAUAUAACAUGAUCCAACACCAGCAAGGAAGUAGUGGUGAUGUUGCACAAAUGUUACCCCAAAGAAGAGACUUAAUGUCAUUUCCAGAAGCUUUUCUUGGUUCUUCACCUCUUACGGUAGUACAGCAGCAGCAGCCAACUUUUGAGCCUGAUUUGCAGAGCCUUUUCAGCGUCGGCUUUAACUAGUUAAAGAAGGUUGAUCUACAAAGAUUGAAGUGCAAAAGGGUCUACUAUGGCUCCUCUUCUGUACACAAACUUCAUAUCCUUCAAAUUGGAGUCCAAAAUUUUUAAAGUUAGCAACUGUUUUAGAAGGCAAAUCCCCCAUCCCCUCCACCCCACAAAUCAUCUUUUAGGAGAAAUUCUUACAUCUUAGACAUUUAUAAGGCAUCAUGAAAUUUGUUCAUAUGUAUAGCCAAAGUUGCAUCCAGCCAUCCACUAUUUGACUGAUAUGUAAUAAAAGAAAGAAUUUUUUUUA